AAAAUUGGUACGAUUACUAAAUAGCCCUCAAGUUGUAUCGACCAACACGACUCAAAUAGAUAAAAUCCUUAGUAUAUUCCUCGAAUAGAUUGUUGACUCUUGCUUCCUUCUUAAUUUUUUCUUUUCCUUUUCUCUAUCUCUUCUCUUUCUCCUGAUUCGUUCUUCUUCAUCUUCCUUUGGUCUUGCAAAGAUCUAAAAAACCCUAGAACGGGAAAGAUCACCAAGAUCUAGAGAAAGAACAAAAUAGGGUUAAAAUUGAUGGGGAGAGGGAAGAUUGUGAUCCAGAAGAUCGAUGAUUCAACGAGUAGGCAAGUCACUUUCUCCAAAAGAAGAAAGGGUCUCAUCAAGAAAGCUAAAGAACUCGCUAUUCUCUGCGACGCCGAGGUCUGUCUCAUCAUUUUCUCCAGUACCGACAAGCUCUAUGACUUUGCCAGCUCCAGUGUGAAAUCUACUAUUGAACGAUUCAAUACGACCAAGAUGGAGCAGCAACAACUACUCAACCCUGCAUCAGAAGUUAAGUUUUGGCAGAGAGAGGCUGAAACUCUAAGGCAAGAAUUGCACUCGCUGCAAGAAAAUCAUCGGCACCUAACGGGAGAGCAAUUAAAUGGUUUGAGCGUUAAGGAGUUACGCAAUCUCGAGAGCCAACUUGAAAUGAGUUUACGUGGAAUUCGUAUGAAAAGAGAACAUAUUUUGACCAAUGAAAUCAAAGAACUAACCAGAAAGAGGAGUCUUCUUCAUCAUGAAAACCUCGAGAUAUCGAGAAAAGUGCAAAGGAUUCAUCAAGAAAAUGUCGAACUAUACAAGCAGGUUUAUGCAACGUCAAACACAAACGGAUUGGGACACCAUGAGCUAGUGGAUGGAGCCAAUGAAUCCCUUGUAGAGGUUAGGCUGCAGCUAAGCCAGCCUGAGCAGUCCCAUUAUGAGACUUCUUCAAACAGCUAAGAUCACAAAAGAUAUAACAACUUGAGAAAGCUAAGUGCGGGUGUAAUCAAGUCGGAUCGGAGAGCAAACCAAAGGUUUGAUUUUGUACGAUAUAUAUGGUCUCAGUGAAAGCAAUGGAACAGCUUCUUAAUUAUAUUCUUUUUAGCUUUCGCAUUUGGUUUAAAGUAUAUAAUUAAGAUAUAUAUGAAAUAAGUAAAGAUAAUAUUAUAUAACUAAAGUAAAAUUGAAUU